AUGUCACCUUUAUCGCAAUAUAGUAUUCAUUCUUAUUUAAGUGUAUUAAUAGGAGGGUUAGAUUUUUCAUUUACAUCUUCUACGAUUUAUUAUAUAAUUUCUUUAUUUGUUAUAGCGUAUAUAUUUACUACAUCUAUAGAUACGUUAUUAUUAGUUCCUAAUAGAUUUCAAUCUGGCUUAGAGCAAGUUUAUACUAUGUUAAGGGCUAUGGUUGUGAAUCAAUUAGGAAAUUCAUCUAUUACAUUAGUGCCUUUGAUUGUUACUAUUUUUAUGGUUAUAUUUAUAUUAAAUUUAAUAGGUUUAAUUCCUCACUCAUUUUCUAUUACAUCUCAAGGUAUAGUUCCUAUUUUUUUAUCUUUUUCUGUGUUUUUAGGUUUUACAUUCUUAGGGUUUGUUAAUAAAAGAUUAGGGUAUUUAUCUAUAUUCUUACCUCAAGGGGUUCCAGGUUUUAUUUCUCCUUUUGUUGUAUUAGUUGAAGUAAUUUCUUAUUUAUCUAGAUCUUUAUCAUUAGGGUUGAGGUUAUUUGCUAAUAUGUUUGCAGGUCAUACAUUAUUAAAUAUAUUAGGUUCAUUCACAGUAAAAAUAGGUGAGUUAGGGGGUAUAUAUUUAUUAUUGGCUAUAUUUCCAUUUUUCUUUAUUUUAUUCUUCUCUUUCUUAGAAUUAUUAGUUUGUUUCCUUCAAUCAUUAGUUUUCGUUAUUUUAGUAUUAACUUAUUUAGAGGAUACAACUAAUUAA